AAAAUGGCACAGCCUUAAUUUUGAUGGAUCUUCCUUUGGUAACCCCGGACAUUCAGCAGCCAGAGGAGUUAUCAGAAACAGCAAUGGUUACCAAUGGAGGAGAUGACUUGCGAUUGUUGUUAGCUGAAGGAGAGCAGAUCGAUGAUGAGGAACGAGUGAUGAGAAUGGUGAUUAGAGAUGGAAGGGGUGAAAACUGAUGAUUGAAGAAAAUGGAGAAAGAGGGUUUUGGAUAGGAGAAGAAUCGGAUCUGGUUCGUUUCAUUCUAUCUCUUCUACUUCUUGUUUCUACUUUCUGUAAGAUCUAUUAGAGGAGCGGCCAAAGGAAGAAAGAAAAAGAAGAAAAAAAUGGUUGAGUUUACAGUCUUGGUGUUGUCAGCCACGGCAUCAGAGCCUAAAUAAUUCAAGGUAGGCAGAUCUUGGUGUUCUUUUCUCUGUAGCCCGUCUUUGUCUUCUUAAUUCUCUCCAUAUUUUUGUUUGUAUUUUCCUUCACUCCUACAGUUCCCGUUGUUUAGAAAAGAAAAUUCUACGCCAUCA